AUGUUCAUUGAGAGUUUUAAGGUUGAAAGUCCUAACGUGAAGUACACAGAUACUGAGAUUCAGUCAGUAUACAGUUACGAAACAACCGAACUUGUUCAUGAAAACCGAAAUAACACUUAUCAGUGGGUUGUCAAGCCCAAAACCAUCAAAUAUGAAUUUAAAACCCAAACACAUGUCCCUAAAUUGGGGGUAAUGCUCGUGGGGUGGGGUGGAAACAAUGGUUCAACCCUCACUGGUGGUGUUAUUGCAAACCGAGAGGGUAUUUCAUGGGCAACAAAGGACAAGAUUCAGCAAUCAAAUUAUUUUGGUUCGCUGACUCAGGCAUCAGCUAUUAGAGUGGGGUCUUUCCAAGGGGAGGAAAUUUAUGCCCCAUUCAAAAGCCUUCUUCCAAUGGUAAACCCUGAGGACAUUGUGUGGGGGGGAUGGGAUAUCAAUAACAUGAACCUAGCUGAUGCCAUGGGCAGAGCCAGGGUGUUUGAUAUCGACCUUCAGAAACAAUUAAGGCCUUACAUGGAAUCAAUGGUUCCACUCCCUGGUAUCUAUGACCCUGAUUUCAUUGCUGCUAAUCAAGGAGAUCGUGCUAACAACGUUAUUAAUGGAACUAAGAAAGAACAACUCCAACAAAUUAUCAAAGACAUCAAGGAGUUUAAGGAAGCUUCUAAGAUUGACAAGGUUGUUGUACUGUGGACUGCUAACACAGAGAGGUACAGUAAUGUUGUUGUGGGACUAAAUGACACCAUGGAAAAUCUUUUGGCUUCUGUGGAUAAGAAUGAAGCUGAGAUUUCCCCUUCAACCCUUUAUGCAUUGGCUUGUGUUCUUGAAAAUGUUCCUUUCAUCAAUGGAAGCCCUCAAAACACCUUCGUCCCAGGGUUGAUUGAUCUGGCCAUCCAAAGGAACAGUUUGAUCGGUGGAGAUGAUUUUAAGAGUGGUCAGACAAAAAUGAAGUCUGUGUUGGUUGAUUUUCUUGUUGGGGCUGGUAUCAAACCAACAUCAAUAGUGAGUUACAACCAUUUGGGAAACAAUGAUGGAAUGAAUCUCUCAGCUCCACAAACAUUCCGCUCUAAGGAAAUCUCCAAGAGCAAUGUUGUUGAUGAUAUGGUCAAUAGUAAUGCCAUCCUCUAUCAGCCUGGUGAACAUCCGGACCAUGUCGUCGUUAUUAAGUAUGUGCCUUAUGUGGCGGACAGUAAGAGAGCAAUGGAUGAGUACAUAUCAGAGAUAUUCAUGGGUGGAAAGAACACAAUUGUGUUACACAACACAUGUGAAGAUUCACUUCUAGCAGCUCCUAUUAUAUUGGACUUAGUGCUUCUUGCUGAGCUUAGCACUCGAAUUCAGUUCAAAUCUCAACAUGAGGACAAGUUUCACUCAUUCCACCCUGUUGCUACCAUCCUCAGUUACCUCACUAAAGCUCCUCUUGUCCCACCAGGUACACCAGUGGUGAAUGCAUUGUCAAAGCAGAGAGCUAUGCUGGAAAAUAUUCUAAGAGCUUGUGUUGGAUUGGCUCCUGAGAACAACAUGAUUCUGGAAUACAAGUGAAGUAACGAUUCAGUUAGGAAUUUGGGGAUAACUCAGUUUAUUUCACUGUUCCAAAAAAGUUAUUCCAUGAUGAUGAUCCUCUAUUUGCUGCUGUAUUUUGAUAUGUUCUAUAGCACCAUAUCAUAUGUAGAACAUUUGAUUGUCAUGUCUUUUCUCCUGCCGGCUUAUUUUAUAGCACAGAGCAGAUAAUCUAAAUAUAUGAAAUAAUAUUCAGCUAUC